AUGAGUUUGAACCCAUCCGAAGCUCGGACUUAUUAUAGUUCUGAUACAGUUUCUGAAUCUGAAACAAAUAAUGAUAUUUUGGCAUCAAUUCACACACCAGAGUUCCUAAACACUAUUAGAUGCUCAGGAGUACCAAACCAUGAGAUAACUGUUAAGGUAGGGACACCAAUCAUGUUACUAAGAAACAUAGAUGACUCAGCAGGUCUAUGUAAUGGCACACGAUUGGUUGUGUCCAAACUUGGAAAGCACAUAAUAGAAGCAAAAAGUUUAACAGGGAAGGGAGCUAGCCAAAAAGUGUUUAUUCCUAGAAUGACCCUAAUCCCUUCUGAUCAUAGGAUACCAUUUAAAUUUCAAAGGCGACAAUUUCCUAUCAUGGUUUCUUAUGCAAUGACAAUUAACAAGAGUCAAGGGCAGUCAUUGUCACAUGUUGGUUUGAUAUUAAAAAAGCCUGUAUUCGCACAUGGGCAACUAUAUGUUGCAGUUUCAAGAGUUACCAAUAAAAGAGGGCUCAAGAUCAUAAUAUGUCAUGAAGAAAAAGAGAAGAAGGAAACAAACAAUGUUGUGUUCAAAGAAGUAUUUAGAAACGUUGUCUAA